UCAGGUUGAGUCAUUUGAAUAACAAAGUCAGCUUUGCUUUAGAGUAUAAAAAGCACUAGCAGCACUGUGCUUGUCAGAGUGAAUCUCAGCACUGAAACCAACAUGGCAAAGAUCAUCUUUUACGAGGACAGGAACUUCCAGGGCCGCCACUAUGAGUGCAGCAGCGACUGUGCUGACCUGCACUCCUACUUCAGCCGCUGUAACUCCAUCCGUGUGGAGAGCGGCUGCUGGAUGAUGUACGAGCGCCCCAAUUACAUGGGGUACCAGUACUUCAUGAGAAGGGGAGAGUAUCCUGACUAUCAGCGCUGGAUGGGGUUCAAUGACUGUGCCCGGUCCUGCCGCAUGAUCCCACAGCACAGGGGAUCCUACAGGAUGAAGAUAUACGAGAGAGAAAACUUUGGAGGCCAGACGAUGGAGUUCAUGGAUGACUGCGAGUCUGUCUCCGAUCGUUUCCGCUAUCAAGACAUUCACUCCUGCAAUGUGAUGGACGGCUACUGGAUCAUGUAUGAGCAGCCCAACUACAGAGGAAGACAGUACUUCAUGAGGCCCGGAGAGUACAGGAGAUACAGCGACUGGGGAGGCAUGAGUUCCAGGAUUGGGUCUUUCAGACGCAUCAUGGAUUCCUGUUAACUUUAAACCAUUUGUUUCUGACAUAUAAAUAUGAUGUAGAAAAUAAAUAUUUAACAACUUUAAAA